CAAACGUGCGACGGGCGCUCGGGACAUUAGACGAUCGAGGAGAGAACAAUCGCGUGGGUAGAGGCGGUACCGGGCGAGUGCAGUGUGCAGUGCGUGCGGGUCGUGUCGCGGAAAGCUCGGCCGAGAAGCCUCCGAGAGCGCGGCAUCGCGAGCCCGCCUCGCGCUCGACGCGUCAGUGCCGGCCCGGCCGCGCCGAACGCACAACGUAUACACAGCUCGAUAGCCCGACAGCUCGACACCUCGACACCUCGACUCCUGCCACGGACAGUGUAGCGCGCACCGCAACCACAAUUGCCGUUUGCCGCCACCAUCAGCGCGGACUUGUUUCAUUACUGAACACAGAGGCAGAGGCAGAGGGAGGCGAUGGAGGCGAGGCGCGCGGCGGCGCUGCUGGCGCUGGCCGCCUGCGUCGCGUGCUCACAGGCAGCACCGACGGCUAGCAAUCAGACAGCACUAGAUUUAUAUGAAGGAGCACCGGAAGGCUGUUACUAUAACUUUCAGCACUACGGAGAGGGCGACCGAAUAAUGACGAACGAACCUUGUCUCAACUGCACGUGCCACAACCGAAUGUUAAUGUGUUACUUGAGGGUUUGUCCCUUCACGAAGCCUAUUGGACAGGAUUGUACUGUGGAGAAACGGGCCGACCAGUGCUGUCCCAUCGUCACUUGCCCUGACGUACCAGUUGACUUGCUGACGUCUACCUCUACAUCUUCGCCAGCGGAGUACGGAGCUACUGGAGUGGGCCAUCAAGACAAAUAUGGUUGUAGCAUUAAUGGCAGAUAUUUCUCUGAAGGGUCUAAAGUGCCAUCAACACCUAACAAGCCUUGUGAACAUUGUUAUUGCAUUCGAAACAUGACCACGUGUGUGAUGCAAGAGUGUACCUUACACGUUGAUGGAUGUGUUCCUAUUUAUCACAAAGACGUUUGCUGCCCUGUCAGAUACUCAUGUGAUCACCCAGAAGAUGACAUUAAACUUUUGGAUGAUAUGACCACAACUGUACGACCAACUCCUGGAUUUUUACUAACCACAACAACGUUGUCUCCGGUAACGCAAGUAUCACAGGAUUGUGUGCAUGAUGAUCAAAUAUUCGCUGAUGGUGCAUUAAUUAAAACUGAAAAAGCCUGCGAGCAUUGUUAUUGCAUGAAAGGUGAUAUAGUGUGCGUUGUACAAGAAUGUGGAACUCCGAUGGAAAAUGAAGGCAAAAAUUGUACUUCACUUCCACCGCGUCAAGGACAAUGUUGUCCAGAUACCUAUAUUUGUGAAGGCGAUGAGUUGCCCACUGAACAAACGCUAGAACCCACAACUGAAGAAAUUCUAAGGUCAACAUCUAUAACACCUCCCAGAAAAGGUGUCGAAGGCAGUGGUUAUAGAAACGAGCCCGAUGAACCUUAUACCGAUUUACCAAUAUUUGAUACUGUUGAAGUAGAAGGCAGUGGUGAAGAUCAAUCUACACAAUCUAUCGAUCAAUCUGAAUCAGUAACUCCGGAAAAACCAACACCAGACUUUGCUGAUGAAAUGUUAUUAACAACUGCCAAGCAAUUCGAGUCCAAACCCACAAGUGCAACUGAAAUAGAUAUUGAUACUAUGGUUACAAAAUCUGAUACAUCGAAUGAUGAAACAACACCUUCACAUGACACUGAGGAUGACUUAGUCACAGAGUCUACAAAAUUAGAUGAUCAAGAAGAAAGUAAAACGGUCUCUCAAAAUGAGGUUACAGAAACAACACAUAUUGAAUCUCAUGAGACCGAAGUUACCGUAAAACCAUUAUUAACGACAUUGAGUGAUUUCAUUUCUUCUACUUUCGGUGAAGGUCUCAUUCCUGUAGAAGAUAAAUCCGAUAAGACUACAGAAUCUUCAUUUAGAAAAGAAGACGAUACUUCAGCUGUACCUGAAAUAACAACUCAAAAGUCUUAUGAUGCAUUGAUAACUGAGAGCGAAUACUAUGAACAGAAAGAAACUAAAGAAGAUGUUAUACCUACAACAGCUGCAUCUUUAGUUCCUGGCGAAGUAGAUGAUAAGAAAGAACAAUCAUUAGUAACAACAACAGAAAUUGUCAUGACGGCUGAUACCGAUAAAGAUACAACUGAGAAAGUAGAUUCGUAUAGUUCAUCAACUACGAUAAGAAUAGAAACAACUAGUCUUAACCCAACGGAAAAUGAAGUUGACGAAGAAAUAAUGCCUAUAGUUUCUCCCGGAAGAAUUCCUGGGGAAGGAGACUGUCUUCUGAACGGCAUUACAUAUCAAAACACUACAGAAGUACCUAGUACGAAUAAAUGUCAUACCGGUUGUAGAUGUGUUAGUAGUAUUAUCAAAUGUGAUCCCAUCAUUUGCAGUGCACCGCCGGAAUAUGCAAACAUGAAUAAUUGUAAACCUAUAUAUGACUCAGCAGAAUCCUGUUGUCCCACUUAUAUCUGUGAUCACACGAAGGAAGAUACAUUACCAGAAUCCCACAGUCAAAUGUCUGGUACAGAAAGUCCAAAACCGACUAAAAACGAUGAAUGUAUUGGAGACAAAUGUUUAACCGAUGAAGAUAAACACACUUUAAGCCCAAUUCCAUCUGAACCAUGUACCACUGAAAAUUGUGAUUUACCUGAAAAACAACCUGUGCUACCAGAAUGUGGUAAGGAUGGGUGUAUCGAUACAGUUCCUGUGGUCCCCGAAUCUCCUGCAAAAUGCGACAAAGAAACAGGUUGUCAAGUAACUGCUGUCACACCUUGCGAAGGUGACAAUUGCAAAGAUUUCAUAACUCCAGAACCCGAUACUCACAUCUUGUCGCCAGAUAACCAAGCCGAUGCUAUUGAAAAAGAAUGCAAUAAUGACUCUUGCAGGCGUAAAGAACAUCCUCAGGAUGCUAUAAUAUUCCCCUCUUCAUGCGUAGGUCCACAAUGUGAAACUAACGCUCAAACUGAUUUCAUAACAUCAGAUAUAACAAGUGAAAUACCGAUUGUCUCUGAAGAGGUUACCAAAAUAAGCCAUGUACCGAUCACCAUUUCUGCCGAAUCACAAACAACAAGAACUGAAGAGAAAUUUACUACUUUAGUAGAGGAAUCAACUUCUAAGUAUGACAGUACAAGUAGCAAGAUUGACGUUGAAAAACAAGAACUUACAACCGAGUCUGUUCAAUUUAUUGACGAAGUAUCUAGCACGGGUAUUACUAGAGAACCGGAGACUAUUACAACCGAACACCCUAAAGUUGAAGAAAUUCCCGAUAAUUCGUUUAACGGUGAAUUACAUGGCACAACCAUAGCUGAAACAGACAAAGAACAUUUGACCACUUCCCACGAUUUUGAAGCGCCGCAACCUACAAUAUCAGAUGAAAAAACUGAAUUACAACAAACUGUUCAAGACCUAGGAAAAGAUUUUACUACCUUGCCUCAAACCUCUAGAGUAGAGGAAACUCAAGGAAUUACUAAAUCUGAAGAAGAUAGACGAACAACAAUGUCUCAGGAAACUGCUGGCCCUAGUGACAAGUCAGAAACGACAGCUGACCAAGAUAAGGCAACAGGAAUUGAAGUACACUAUGAAACAACACCUGUAUAUAUUGGAGAUUCGGCCACAGUAGAGACUUAUACCACUGAAUCAGUGGUCAAUAAAGAAAAAAUAGAUAAACAAGAUACAGAAAAACUAUCAACAGCACAAGAUAGCGAUUACAUAACUGAAAUUUCGAAGGUUAGCAAGGAUGAAGAUGUUACAACUCCAGAGUCAGUUAGGGAAUAUUCCACAAGUUCACCGCAAUCUCAAAGCAUUGAAGAAAAAACGACAGAAACUUCUAUAGAAACAGAAACAGAAAAAGUAACAACUAAUUUGCUGGACGAAUCGCCAAAUAUCAUAGCUAAAGACGAAAGUACUACAUCGGUUUCCGAUAUUUCAGUAGUUACAACUGGCCAACAAUCUGUAACCGAAAGGGCUGAAGAAGCAGAAAAAGAUGAACAACCAACUGAACAAAGUAUUGAAAACACUAAAGAAGAUGAAAGUACACAGGUUUAUAAUAAAACGCCAGCGGACCAAUAUGACAUAAGCAGUGUUACUCCGGACUCAGAUAAAUAUAAAAAAGAUCAACCAAAAUCACCUGAGAUAGUAUAUACUACGGAAAAUCCUAUUUUGGAUGUCAAAGAAACAAUCAAGGAAGAGUCAUCAACUGACCAACCAGUUACUGACAAUGUGGUUAUCGAUGAAAUAACUCAUCCAUCCGGACAAGAUCAAAUGGAAUCCUUGAAUGGAAUGGCGACAGAAGGCCCUGAUGUACAUGAACAAGAUAGUUUACAAACUAUGGCACAGGACGCAGAUUUACACACGACUGUGCCAGCAGAAGCAGCCGUCACCAGUAGUGACGAAAAACAUUUGGAAACAGUAACCACUGAAAAAUCGUUUGAACAAGAAAUCAAAACAGAGACACCAAAGCAGUAUGAAACCGAAACUAUUAAAGUAGUAACUGAAUCCGUUACAGCAGAACCAGAAAGAGGAGAUGGAAUAUCAGAAGAUGAAAAACUUGAUGAUGAUAAGGAACAGAUGUUCACUACAAAUGUAGUAAGUGAAUUCACAACAGUAAGAGUAGACACUCCGGAACAAACUGUACAAGAAGAUGUUGAGGAUCACAAAGAAGGAAUAACUAAUGAGGUAACUCCAACACUGGACCACAUUUCUAGCACCGAGACCAUUAAAGAUACUACAGAGGUUAAUACCGAAAGUAAUUCGGUUACUUUAGCAGAAACACAUAAUGCACAAUCUGAUUCUACAGACACAUUAUCUUUUGUCACUGAAGAGUCGACUCCAGAACGGCAGGUUGAGUUGACAACGACUAGUCUUUACCCAAGUGAAAAGGAAACAACCGAAGAUGCUGAAGGUUCAGGUGACAUAACUAAGCAACAAGACGACCUAGACGAGCAACAGACAUCUAAACCAACAAAAAUACCAGAGGAUGUCCUAACUGAAAAACAAGACGUACCUUUGUCGAUUACAACAGCACUACCCGAUAUAUCUGAUAAUAUUCUACAUACUACCUUACUAGAAGAGCACAUUGCUACGCAGUCACCUUCAUCACAAGUUACAGAAAAUAUUGAACAGGAUUCUUUACCUACGAGACGUGUCGCAGAUCACAAUACAGAAGUAACAGUUUCUAUAGGAGAAGAAAGUACAACUAAAUCAUCUCUAUUAACUGAAACAAUCACCGAUAAGUCUGUUUUAACAACAAAAGCUAACGAAAUACCCGAGAUAGAAGAAGAAAAGGUCACAAUUCCAACGCAUACUACUGAUUUCUACAAAGAAAGUCAAACUACCAAAAUAGAUCUGAUUUCAGAAGAAGACUUUAAAGAAAAGACAACCAUGCUACCUGAAGCAGUUACAUCAGAUCAACAUAUUACCAACGCGGUAACUCAGAAAGACCCCGAAAUAACAAUUAUGGAAGAAACAAAACCAACAGAAACCCCAGAAAAAUUAACAUCAAAGGCUAUUGUUACUGAACUAGAAGCAGUUACUGAAAAACUUUCAACGUCAGACCUGAUAAAGAGUACCGAAGAACCGGAAAAAACUACAUCUGAGCAAGAUUACACAGAACCUAUAAUUGAAAAUGUAACUACUGUAGAAGAUAAAUAUGAAUCUACAGUAACACCUGAUGCAGAAUUACCGAGUAAAUUAGAGACAGAAAAUCCCGAAUUAACGCAAACUGUUCAAGAUAUUUCUAGAACAACGGCAGUCCCAGAUUUACAAGUUACAGAAUCACACAUAGAUUUAGAAAAAACAACAAUUAAAACAAUCGAAACAAAUAUUGAUUUAGAUGAAAAUACCGUAAAUAUUGAAGAUUUAUAUAUUACUAAAGUAACUGAAUCCCCCGCCAAAGUUACUGAAACAUAUGACGUUCAAAAACAAACACUCUCGCCUGAAACAUUUGCAACUACACAGCAGGAACCUUUGCUACAUGAAACGACUGUACCUGAAAUACAAUAUGAGGAAAAAACUACAGAGAGUGCGGAGAAAAUUGGGUACCCAGAACAAAUUCCAACGGAGUCUUCAGAAUAUCCAUCUAAACCAUCGGACAUCUCUACUGUUGAGGACGGUGGAAUAUUAAGUGACAAAACACAAGAAGAGGUGACUUUACCUGAAGUGAUUACGGAAUCUGUUAUAAUAACUACUGAAUCACCAAAAAUAGAAGAAAACGUAAGAGAUACUGAAACUACAGAUGAGAAAACAACUGAACAACCUUUGGUUCACAUAGAUGAUGCUGAAAAAGAAAUUGAUUUAGCAACCGAUAAGCCAUUAAUGCAGGACCAUGUUUCCGAGAAACUACCUGAAUCUAAUGCCUUCGAAGAAAAAGCAACCGAAGAGCCUUUAAUGGAGGAACACGUUACCGAAAAACUACCUGAAUCUAAUGUCUUCGAAGAAAAAGCAACCGAUAAGCCUUUAAUGCAGGACCAUGUUACCGAGAAACUACCUGAAUCUAAUGUUUUCGAAGAAAAAACAACUGAAAAGCCCUCCGUAAAUGCAGACGACCUCGAAAAAGAUGUAGAUUUUGUAACUGAUACGCCUAUGAUACUGGAACAUGUUACAGAAAAAGAAACAGGAUCUCAUAUCUUCAAUGAAAAAAUACCUGAAGAGCCUAUAAAAAUAGAAGAAGCUGAAAAAGAAUUAGAUUAUACAACCGACUUGCCUAUGAUACUCGAACAUGCUACUCAGUCACUCCCAGAAUCUCAUGUCUUAGGUGAUUCAGGAAAAACACCUCCUGCUGAACAAGCUGUUACAGAAAUACCAGAAUUUGUCACAGGCAGUACUAAAGAAAGUGAUGAAGUUGGUGACAUUCAAGAAUAUUUAACAACUGAAAAGCCUGAAAAGUCUACUUUAGCGAGUGCAACAGUUAUUUCUGAACACAAAGAUACGACAACAACUGUUUCAUCGGAAGUUUUCAUCCCUAUAGAAACUUCUUCGUAUCUACCAGAUAAAGGCAUAGAAACUGAAGAAGGUACCACAGUUAGCGACGAAAAGUCCCCUGGAACUGAAUCUAAGCCAGUUGAAAGUACUAUUUUAACUGAAUUACCAGAACUAUUAACGACUUCAAAAUCCGACGAAGAUUUGGGUAAAGUGGAUCUCACAGAAGCUACAGAAUCAUCAAUUUCUGAGGUUGAUAGUAAGACGUCGGGUACUACACCUAUUGUAGACUCUGUACCAACUUACAUUUUACAGGAAACAGAUAUUGAAAAACCGACUACCGAUGAGCCUCUUUUAAUCUCAACAACUUCUAAUGAAAACGAAAAAUUAGAAGGUACAACUCAAAAGAUAAUACAUGAGAAAGUUACAGAGAUAAUAGAACCAAGCACCGUUGAAGAAUCACAAGAAACCACAUCAGAACGAGAACUAGAUACUGUUAAGAUAAAUGCAAAUGGAGAAGAUAAGACCAUCGCCUAUAUACCAGAACAAUAUACAGAAAUGCCCGAGCAAAUAUUUACAGAAGUUCACAAAUCUCCGAGUGAAUCAUCUGAGAGUGAUAUAACUGUAACGGAAAUAUCACAAGGCGUCACCCAUUCUCCCGAUAAAUACACAACAAAUAUUGAAGAAGAACAAACCUUUACUCAUGAAAAACAUGAACAUUUCACAACAAUCGCGGAAAGCUUGAUUACUCAAGAAGUCGAGACAGGAACAGUUUUACCUACUACUUUGAGUUCAGAAAAAACAACGCAAGAAAUUGAAAUUAGUGAAGCUCAAUCAGGUUCUACCAUAGCACCUGAAUUACACAAAUAUACUACUGGAUCGAAUGAUAAUGCUACUCCUACAUUGAUCGAACAGACUGUAAGUAAGGAGACUGUGCAAACAGAACCAGUAACGGUUAUGACGCCACGUGACGAAUAUACACAAGACCAUGAAGUAAUUAGUGACACAAAAGAAACAAAACCAGAUUAUUACACUACAGAGAAAAUUGAGAUAAGCACGCAGGGCGACAUUGAAGCAUCUACAUCAGUUGCUACGGAAUCUAGCUUAUUGGAAUCUAAACCAACCAGUGAAAGCUCACCUCAACCACAACAUACAGAAGAAACAUCUGAGCAAAUAGUUGAACAUUCAGAAUCUACUCCAUACUUCGUUGAAUUAGAAGAACAUACGCAUAAAGGAAUAGAAGAGACAACACCUGAAGUUUAUCACGAAGAUACAGCUUCAACCACAUUACCUGAAAUUCUUUAUCCUGGUAAACUUCAUGACGAAAUAACAACAGUAAAACAAGAAGCAGAAGAAGCAACGGAAAUAACUACUGAAGGACACAAUGUUGAUGAAUCAUUAAAAAUAACCACCGAAAAGCAAGAAAUUGACGAAUCAACGAUAAAGGAAGCUGUUGAAACUGCAACAUCUGGUUCUUCUCAUCCAACUCAUGAUGACAAAAUAACAACAUUAUCGCCGUUACCUACUGAAAUUGAAACCGACGUUUCCAAACUGAGCACCGUUUCAUAUGAUAAGGAUGCAUCAACAUUCAUUCCAGUAGUAACCACAACAACUUACGAAGAAGCAGAAACACCUAAACAAGAAGAGCCUGCAUCAGUCAUAGAGAAGGAAAAGGAGAGCGCCCCCGUUAAACCAACUGAUGCGAUACCGUCCUUACAGGAGACAACGGCGCCUGAGGAAGAAUUUAUUCCUGCUGUAACACAAGGUACAACUAGUAAAACGACAGAAGAUAUAACGACCCUUUCACCCACUCAUAGUCACAAAUUUACUCAACCGGAAGAAAAGCCAAUUGAAUCCUUACCGUCAACAUCUCCUCCAGAAUUGCAGAAACCUGGUUUUAACGAAAUGUUACCAACAGAUGAAAUACCUCCAACAGAUGAAGACAGUCAUUUCCCACCUACCGGUAGCAGUGGGUAUGGCCAAGAACCAGAUUAUGGAGAAGAAGAUCAAGCAUUUGGACCUGGUACCUGCCGAUAUGGGGGCAAAGUAUACGUAUCUGCUCAACAAAUACCUAGAGAUGAUCCUUGUGAUUUCUGUUUCUGCUUUAGAAGCGAUAUUAUUUGCUUGCAACAAAGCUGUCCUCCACCUAUUCACGGUUGCCAUGAAGAACCUAUUCAAGGAUUCUGUUGCCCACGCUACGAGUGUCCAGUUUCAAUGGCAACUACUCUUAACAUCACCACGACAACGACAACAACAACGACAACAUUACCGCCUCACUUCCUGCCCCACGCUUACAAAGGUGCUGCGCAAAGACGGGGAUGUCAAAUAAAGGGACAUACAUAUAAAGUAGGAGAGGUGGUACGCGCAUCAUCGGGACCAUGUUUACAUUGCACAUGCGGCGGAGACGGUCAGAUGAAAUGCGAUCCGAAGGCGUGCACCCCGGAGCCGAUGCUGCGGCAGAUGAUAGCGGCGGCCGUGUCGGCCAAGCGCCGGAGGUGAAAUGCCCCCGCCCCUUCUUCAAUGAUCAUCACAUCACAGGCUCAACAGCCUAUGUGAUCAUUUACGUCUGUUCUCCUAUGCACAAGAAUAAUGCUCAAAUUUCGCGACGGAGUAGAUUAAGAUUUCGUGUCAUAUGUAGUAAUUGAUUUAAUUAUUAUUUAAUUUACUUUUCAUAAAGCGUCGUGGCACGUUCGACUCGAUAUUGAUGAAUUACGAAUCAACCGUGACUGUGAUUACUAUUCAUUAAAAUAUUUUGGUAAUUCUUACCACUUAUUUUUACAUUUUUCUGAUUAACAAAACAAUUAUAAUAAUUAAUCGAGACUAUUGAAAAAGUCAGUGCCAAACGGUAGUGCUAGAUUGUAAACACCUUUAUGAUAAAUAGAUUCUAAAUUUAAUGAAUUUAACAUUUAUAAAAGUAAAUAUAGUGACCGAUAGAUUAAAAGGAUGCUGUUUUAGCAAUAGGUAUCUAAAAGGAAUAUCAAACUGUAUCGGUCACUGCAGAUCGCCGAAAUCUUGACCAUUUACAAACUUAAAUUGUUUACCGAUAUAAGUUUAGUCAAUUCUUUGUGUCGACACGAUGUUACUACUGCAACAGGUCUAGUAUCGUGUAAAUGCAAAGUUCUAUAAGAAUCCCUGAUAUUGUAAAUGCCUUACUUAAUUUGUAAUAAUUUAUGUAUUUUAGGUGUAUAGUACUUAAGCCAUGUUUUGAGACCAGUGACUAUUUUUAUUUAGAAAUAAAACGGAGGCCCUCUAAGAUGUACCCAGAAAAGUAUCAGUCGACGCGCGCCCCCUGGCGGCCUUGGCCGGUGCUUUUCCUAAAUCGCGUUUUACAGAAAGCGACACAUUAUUUUCUUGUUUUCUGUAACUCGUUGAAGAGUAACAAAUUUUACUAGCACUCAUUUAGUAAAAGUGGCCAUCAUUUUUAAUCGUUUUGUAAAAAAAUACGCGUCUAAAACGAUAAAAAAGUAAAUUGUAGUAUAUUUUAUAACUUUUGAUAAUAAAGUGCUGGUAGAUUUUAUAAAAUAUAAAAUCAAACAGAUCGAGGUGGGUACGGAAGUCGCAGGCUGUUGUAAUCGUUAUAAUAGUAGAUGUAAGCGAACGGUUGCAUUAAUUCGUACCGAUCUCUUUCUGUCUUCGCAGGUUGUAGUUAUAUUUUGUCUUAUUUAUUUAAAUUUAUAGCAAUAGCGUUAAUUAUUAUUGGUACUUUCAUACUGGUAAUGAUUUCUACUAUUCGAAAAAGUUGACCGCAGUGUAUAGAGUUCAACAUUUACCUAAUUCUUAUUUUAUUAUUUCCUCGUGUCUUGCAUGCACCGGAUGCACAGGACACGCGUAGCUAAGGUCUAGCAAACUGUACAACUACGAAAGUAAAUUUAAAUAAAAUCCUUACAACACAA